UGGACGGGACGCUUCUUCGGGAACAACAACACGGAUACUAUUUCAACCACCUCGAUAGCUUGCUGGACAAGGUAAAACUGAAACAUUGACGUUUUAGGACAUGUUAAUGUACAUUAGCUAAUCGCAGUGUAUAAAACACAUUUCAGUUGACGUUAACUUUAACCUAAUUUGCUUGUUCAAGUUGCAAAUGUGUUAAAGAUUGAUUCUGAGCCUAGCACUAGGCUAAUGCUAACUAGCUUGCUAACUAGCUAGCUAACAUCCCUGACCAUGAGCUCAUUAAACUACUCAUCCCCUGCUGAAGAAGAUGAUGUCUGCUGUACGGAGAAAGAAGCUCUGGCGCUGAACAUUGUCGUGAAAGACGAAGAGGAGGAUAUUACAGUGGAAGGAGAGAAAGAUGCUCUGGCGCUUUACAUUGUCGUGAAAGACGAAGAGGAGGAGGAUAUUACAGUGAAAGGAGAGAAAGAACCUUUCAGAAUGGAAGAGGAGGAAGAAGAGGCUGUUAUAGGGAAAGAAGAGAAAGCAUCCUCUUCCUCUCUAAAAGGUUCUAUCUCAGUAAAGGUGAAGGAGGAAGAGGUUUUGGGAGUGAAAGAGGAGGAGACAGAACAUCAGAUUAACACCAGAGAGAGACAUGACUAUUGUGGAUCCUCUGGGGAGCCUCAACAACAUCCUGAUGCUGACGAGACAGAGAAGAGUCUCUCCAGAUCAGAACACCAGAUGGACAACGCUAGCCCUUCCUCCCUCCCGGAGUCCCCGUGUCGUGCCUCUCCCGGUAGCACGUUACUGCUGGGUAUGAAGAGGUUGUCUGUGCUGCUGGUGGACUACAGGAAAACAACGGGGCUGAGUGGAACUGUGAGAGGAGGAGAAGAGAAGAAAGGAUCAGAUUUGACACACCAAAGAGAAAGACCAGACACAGAGGAUCCAGAGCCAGGGACGUCCAAACCAGCAAGACGACAACAGUGCUCCCACUGUAGAAAGGGUUGGAACAGGUUAUGGGCCCUGAAACGACACGAGAAAAUACACACAGGGGAGAAGCCUUACCACUGCUCCCAAUGUGGAAAGAAUUUUAACAAAUUAGGGAACCUGAAACAACAUGAGAGAAUACACACAGAGGAGAAACCAUACCACUGCUCCAGGUGUGGAAAGUGUUUCAACCAGUCAGGGCAGCUGAAGCGACAUGAGAGAAUACACACAGGGGAGAAGCCUUACCACUGCUCCCAAUGUGGAAAGAAUUUUAACGUUUUAAUGACCCUGAAACGACAUGAGAUAAUACACACAGGGGAGAAGCCUUACCACUGCUCCCAAUGUGGAAAUAGUUUUAACGUUUUAAGGAACCUGAAACGACAUGAGAUAAUACACACAGGGGAGAAACCAUACCACUGCUCCCAGUGUGGAAAGUGUUUCAACCAGUCAGGGCAUUUGAAGCGACAUGAGAGAAUACACACAGGAGAGAAGCCGUACCACUGCUCCAAGUGUGGAAAGAGUUUCAAACGGCCUUGUCAUCUGAAACAACAUGAGAGAAUACACACAGGGGAGAAGCCUUAUCACUGCUCCCAGGGUGCAAAGCGUUUGCCCAUUUCGGAAGCCUGAAGGAACAGAUGAGACUGCACACAGGGCGGAGAAUGCUUACAAAAGCCCAGACUGUGGGAAAACAUAUUACUCAUCACAGUCACUUAAAUGUCAUGAGAGAAUCCACACAGGAGAGAAUAAUUACUUGUAUAUUAAUAUUUCACAUCUCAUUGACUUAAAAUUCAUCAGAGAACAUACACAGUGCUCCCGUUGUCUUAUAUUGUUGACUGACAAUGUGUUUACCUGUCUUUACCAGAUUAAAUUAAAUGGUACAGGGUAUACUCAAACAUAUAUUUGUUUGUUUGUAUUAGAAAACAUGAAGUGAGUAUGAACUCUGUCAGUUUGAAUAUAAAGAAGAUCAGGUUUCUUCUUUUAAACUGUCCUUUUUUAAAACUCUUUGUGUGUGUUUAUCUGGGUGUGUCAUUCCUCCAGCACUACAGAUAAUCAAGUGAUAUUUGGAUGUGAUGCAUUAGUUCCAUUGUUGACAUUUGCAUUGUUGGCCCACUGAUGAUUUAAUUCAAUGAAAAUGUUCAGACUCUGUAAUGGAAAAUGUUAAUUGUUUGUGUGUCCACAUAACUGAGUAUGUGACUAACCUUGUGAAACUGUCCUAUUAUAAGCUCCUGUUCUUGGGAGGAUCAUCCUGUGUUGCAAACCAGCUGCACCUGCAUCCUUGUAUGAAUAAAGUCCCACCCAGGAACAGGAAACUAUAAAGAUAUGUGCUCAUCACUCAAUGCUUCAGGAAUUCAGACUGUCUACACUGCGCUGUGUAACUCUGUUAUUCUCUCUGAGCUCAGAAAUAAAGAAUCUUGGUUUGACUUGGA